AUGACAUCAUUAACGUCGCAAACAAAAUCAUUUACUCCAGUUGAUCAUAUUCUUGCCAGUUAUGCCAUGCGAAAUCUAUUGAAAUUUUAUGCGUCACCAGGAAGUGCGGAAACAGCUGCACGCGCGUUGCUAAAACUCGAAAAAAACUCGUCGAUUACAAUUGUUACGGGCUUCUGUGUGACAGAAAGACUUGUGGAUGGUAAAAAGGUGCCGGUAGCCGAAACAGAUGGUCCUCCAGGUGCAGUGCUUGCAGGUGAAACACUUCGCAAGCUUUCCUAUCAUGUGUCAUAUGUUGCUGACCCCGUCACAUGUCAUAUUCUCCGCGCUUGUUUGAAAUCCAUCAAAGUUGAUGACAAUUAUGUUCACGAAUUUUAUUCACGUCAUGAUGAAAAAGAACAGGUUGCGGAAGCGCAUAGACUCAUUAAUCAGCUUAAACCCAAAGCAAUGCUUGCUGGAGAGCUCAGCAGCCGAAGUUGGAACGAUGGGAUUCGUCGCAAUAUGAACGGCAAGAAUAUUAAUGAUUGGAAUCCGCCAGUCGAUGAAAUGCUCGUCCAAUUUAAGGGUAGAGGUAUUAUCAUCGCAGUUGGUGAUGGUGGCAAUGAAGCUGGCAUGGCCAAUCUAAAAGAUAAUAUCCCGCUCGCUUCAGAUGGGAAAACUAUCAUGGCGAGUGGUGUAUACUCCGAUAUUCCUAUUACGUCAUGGAAUUCAAAUCUCGGUUUGCAAGCAAUUGCUUCCGUUGCUGCCGCAGUGGAAGGCAGAUUUGAAUGGAUUCCAACGCCGAAUCAAGUCAUCCAGCUAAUUGAAGCUGCUUUGGAUGCAGGCGCAGUAGAAGGCGUUACUCAAGGAAAACCAGAAAAUUCCUUGAACGGAACUUAUGCAACGCGCGGUGUGGACGGUUUUGCUCCUUAUGUUCAUGCUGCUGACCAAGAUAAAAUCAAGAGUACAUUGAUCCAAAUGAAAAUAAAAGGGUUGUUAUAA